AUCUUAUUUUGUGUCUAGGCCAUAAUAGUUUUUCACGUAUAUAACAAUGAUAACCUAUAUCUUCAAGUAGUACAACAUCAUACUUAAGUAAUAAGUAGACCCUACCUCAAACCAUAGUAUUAGUGCUUCGCAAUGUCCCGACAUGUAAAUGUCUGGUCUACAUCCAUUUUCACUUAUAUAGGAUAGAUGAACUUCUGAUGAAGUCUCCCAGUCUGUUAUACUUCAACGUCAUUGAAAUCGUGGCCCUCAUCCGACUGUGGGGUAUUUGCAGGUCAUGCAAAGGUAAUCAUGUCACGCAUUGUGCAUCAUGCUGUGUUACGUUCCCUGCAGAUGUUCGGUGUUGAGUUUUCGCCUCGACCUAGAGGCUAUUCAGACCCGCCAGACAUAGCCCUGGAGGCUGGAGCUCAUUGAUAAUUUCAUAUACCUAUAGCAUUAGCCCCCUUGCUUCAAAAGAGCCCCUCAUCAUAGCAAACUUCAGUGAAAAUUCUUGAACGAAUGCGUGGCUUGGCCGCCAGUAGUCCUGACAAAAUGCUCGCAGUACUGCCACGCUAUGUAUGCUGGGUACAGACCCUUUGGCAGCCCAGAUAUCUAUAUCACCAGCUACUGGGUAAAAUGUGAUGAUACCUGAUCCAGAAGGAGUAAGUUAUCGUAAAGGGGAGGCUUUACUACUUUGAUAAUGAAUUCCUACUGCUAUGUGCCGUUCGGUAUCGAACCCGAAUGUAGCCAGUUCCGUAUCCUUACGCUUUUGCCCGGCUCAGGAGAACAUGUCUUGGAAUGCAUUCUAGAGCACGGCGAUAUUAGCACAUCACCAUCUUACGACGCGAUUUCCUACGUCUGGGGCGAUCCCCGAGAUAAGGUCGAUAUUAUAUGCAACGGAAAGAUUUUGGCUAUCAACGCCGCUCUCAGCAAGGUUCUCCAUCAAUUCCGCUCGCCGUCGGAGAGGAAAAGCUUGUGGGCAGACGCUAUCUGCAUAAACCAAGAUGACGAUGAAGAACGGGGAAGACAGGUUCGCCGUAUGAAGGAUAUCUACUCUAGAGCAAAUCGGGUUUUGAUAUGGCUGGGUGAAGAAAGAGAAGAAAGCGACGCAGGCAUUGCAAUAGCUUCGGACAUUGCUCGUGCUUACCGUCAAUAUACCUCCAAUGGCGAUUCUCUUCUGGACAUGACCUUUGAGGACGAGUUUACACGACAGCUCUUUGGAAAGUUUAGGGACCGGUCUGAGUUUCCACGACUAGUGGCUUUUGCUAAGAUUAUUGAAAGAUUGUGGUUCACGAGGGUAUGGGUCGUUCAGGAACUUACGUUAGCGACACGGGCGACUGUAUUCUGUGGGGAUUCGUUUAUCGACUGGGACGAUCUCUUGGCCGCCAUCACGGUUCAGGAUCACCUCAACCUAUGGCUCUCGGACCAUGAACGCAAUGCCUAUGUUUUUGUUUUGGAACGAGCCCGGAAGGAAUGGUGUUCUGGAAUCCGACGAAGCCUCCUCAGCGUUCUCUUUCGACACCGCAUCCUCGAUGCUACUGAUCCCCGCGAUAAGAUAUUCGGCUUAAGCGCUUUAACCAAGAGUGAGCUUACUGACGUCCAGGCCCUGCAGCCCGACUACAACGUAAAUACCACGGAGUUGUAUAUUGCUGUAGCCAAGGAGAUUAUACGGCAAUCGUCAAAUUUAAACCUACUUUCUGUCCCUCGACGGAUCUCUGGUGUUGGGCCUACCAAUCUCCCGACCUGGGUACCUGAUUGGAGUAAUACUCGAAUCACGGCACCUCUGGGCUUGGCGAAUUAUAAUGAUAUCAACGAACUUGACUUUGCCGCCAGUGGAUCAUCGAUGCCCCAAAUCGAGUUCAAUGGCGUCGACUCCGCUUCUCUCGGAAUCCAGGGUUCUUGUAUAGAUCGUGUUGCGGCUGUUGGUGCUAUCUUGAGGCUGGAGCAUCUGCCACGGACGAACUAUCAUGGCAUCCGUCUUCCGAAAUGUGCAUUCGUCCUAGAUGAUUGGUCUCGUGUUGCUCGACUCUGGGAACCACAGCCCUAUAUUACCGGCGAGUCCAUCCGUGAUGUCUUUGUGCAAACGUUGGUAGCCGAAUCAAGCCACGAAGCCAUCGAAAUACUUCGUCGGCAACUUGAUAUCCUCCUAAGGAAUGCCACCAUAGCCAGAUGGCUUAUGCGCUUGCCUAGAUGUCUCCCCGACUGGAUAACCGACAGGCUCAUUUAUCUAGUCCACGCCGUGCUUUUCUACAAUCGAUCUGAUCAAAUGACACUAGACUUCAGAAUCCACCUAUCGUCACUUGCAGACCGUCGAGUAUUCCGAACUGAAAAAGGGUAUAUUGGCUUAGGAUCUGCUUUGGCGGAAGUUGGUGAUGAGGUUGCAGUUGUGAAGGGAGCUAAAGUUCCUAUGGUACUGAGGACGGCAGGAUCACAGUGGACCGUACAAGGCGACUGCUUCCUGAAGGGAGUAAUGCAAGGCGAGGCUUAUCGCGAGGACGAGUGCCGUCAGAUGUGGAUUGUGUAGAGUUUUCCCACCCUUCAUUUGGAUGCGCUUAACAUCAACAUCCGGUAUUCUACAUCUACAUCGAGCAGCAAGGCAUUGAUCCCACGGCAAAUAAUCGACGGGUUUGCAAUAUCUGCCAACCGUGAAGAUGAGUCGCAUCCGACUUUUUAUUUACCACAUACCUCUCCGGGAAGACUUUGGUGCUUUGACAUUAGAUCGACGACAUGCAUGAAUUGCC